CAGCUUGCCUCUAUUGUAUUGAUUCGUUCCCCGUCGUGUUGUUUUCCAUCGCCUGGGAGAUUCUGUGCUUGUAGGGUGGAUAACCAGUGGCGGAACUAGCAGGGUUGCAGCUGCGACUGGGACCGUGACUGCAGGGGACCUGGCUGCCCUUCCGACCCCUGCUGUUACAAUGUAACAUUCCUCCCGUGUAGAGAGCUGGCAGGCUGCUCACAGGGGCCCGGGGAAAGCAUCCACUGACUGCAGGCUUACAGUCCUGCCUAACAUCUGAUUAACACCUCUUCUGACAUCAAUGAGUGUGGCGGGGAAGUCGAGGAAGGGGGACUCUGUUUUGAGUAUCCCCUCAAAGUCUUGUUUAGGAGUUCUUAAUGUGGAACGUGUUUCUUCCACCAAUCCAGCUCUAAAAACUGCCACAGAAUGUGUUGGGGGACACACAACAGGAAUACAAACUUUGGCCAAACAUUCAGCUUCCAAUACAAGCAGACUUAAACCAGAACUUACCAAGCGAUUGGUUAUCCCCAAGAAGAAAACAGAACUUUUGGCAAAAAACAAUGAACUUUUAGUUAAUGAUAAGCAAGAUCAAAGGCAAAGUGAAAAAAUAGAAAAAAGUAAGCACUCAACUGUUAAAUUAACGAAAAAAGUUCCUGAAGAGAAAUUAAAUAAAUCUACCAUAAAAUAUAAGGAUAUGUCAGAUAUUGCAGACCUUAUUUUGAAGAAUCGCUGUAGGAAAAUUAUAGUAAUUACUGGAGCUGGCAUAAGUACACCAAGUGGAAUACCAGAUUUUAGAACACCUGGCUCUGGACUCUAUGAUAAUUUGAAGAAAUACAAUCUACCGUACCCUGAAGCAAUUUUUGAAAUUGACUACUUUACGUAUAACCCACGGCCUUUCUUUGCUCUUGCUAAAGAACUCUACCCUGGAAAGUACAAACCCAACAUUGUCCAUUAUUUUGUAAAACUGCUGUACGACAAAGGGCUGCUAUUGAGGUGCUACACUCAAAACAUUGAUGGCUUAGAAAGGCUUGCUGGAAUUCCACCAACAAAGCUAGUAGAAGCUCACGGGACAUUCUCUUCUGCGUCUUGCCAUCUUUGUUACAGUCCAUUUCCUGCAAAUGAGGCAAAGGACUGCAUUAUGAAUGGAAGGUCUCCCCGAUGCAAGACAUGUUAUGGAGUUGUUAAACCAGAUAUUGUUUUCUUUGGAGAAGAUCUACCAAAAAGGUUCAGGAAGUUUACCAAGGACUUUCCCAGGGCAGAUCUGCUCAUUAUCAUGGGGACUUCUUUGAAGAUUGAGCCAUUCGCCAAAAUAGUUGAUGCUGUACAACCAAACGUGCCUCGUCUGCUCCUUAACAGAGAUUUAGUUGGACCCUUUAAGACCAAACAUCCGAAGAGCACAGAUGUUGCAGCUUUAGGGGAGUUGUGUGAUUUGACCAGAAGAUUUGUCCGUUCUCUGCAUUGGCAAGAUGAAAUGAAAGGCAUUCUAAAAUCACAAAAGUCAAAGGGUGGUUCCUGAGACUGUUCUGCUGAAUUGUAGGGGAAAUGCUGUCUUUCUGCCUGGUGGUUAAUGAAGUGUCCUGGAAUGGAUUGAAUACACCAUCCAAAGUAAAAGUCCAGUUAAGAUCAGUGAAUUUGUCUGCUUUAUCAAUUCAUUUAAGUUUUCUGAGCAAUUAUUUUAUUCAAAAGAGAAUUUUUAGCGGUUUUAGCUUUUACGAAUAAAAAAUAAAAUAAAAAAAAUCCUUAACCUUUAUACUGGCAGGCUAUUAAUGACUUAUCCAUUAGUCAAUCAAGGAAUGCUCUAUUGCCGCCUACCCCCUUCCCAAAAUUAAAAAAUCUAGCUGAUCCAGCCUCAAUGAAAACAUGCUUGCAUCUUUAUUUUGGUUUUUUUCAUUGAGGUGAAAGCUGAAAACUUAUCUGCAGCCUUUGAAAGCCUUUCCCUUUUUUUCCCGCAACGACUUGAGAAGGCUCCGUGCUGAAGCAGUGAGUGCACAUGCUCGUAGCAUUCCCAUUGGGCUAAUGGAAGAGGAAGAAAACGUCCCUGGAUUUCUGGUUUGCUGCCAGGGAUGUUUCUGCCCCCCAAUAUGACUGUUUGGAGCCUGUCACAUUUGAAAACACAAAGCUCUUCACCAUUCUGAAGUGCUUUAUGCAGAGUUCCUUUUAGUCCAUAUUUCUGUGUUUUUGUUUGGUUUUUCUUUAACUCUAGUAAAAUAUAUAUAUAUUUUUUUUAAAAACAACUCCUAAUGUCUGAACAUUGAAAAUGUUUGAUUGUGUAGGUAAUGUUUUCUAUGGUUUUGAAGGACUGGAAACAGUCUUGCUUGCUUACACAAGAUUCUAGAUUCCGAAGACCUAGUUAACAGC